GCGGGGGGCGGUGGCGGGGCCGGGCUGUGCGGCGGGCAGCCUUGGCCCCGGCGGAGCCGCACCGAGCGCCGGGCCGAGCAGGGCCGUGCCGGGCCGGGUCCCUCCUAGAGCCGCGUUUGGCUGUGCGGAUCCGUCGCUUUGAGCCAUGCACCUGCGCGGGUGGAAGCGCGCUGCCCCGGGGACACGCUGAGCUGCGCCGGGAGUGGAGGUAACCGCGGGGCUGCGCUGCGCUCGGGGCUGCAGCCGGGAUGGUGCACAGAUGGCCCUUGUGUGCCGGCACUGUGGUGGUGCUGGGCUUUGUACGGUUCUGCCCUCCGCUCGGCACCGGGGGGUCUCGCGAUGGUCGGGCUGAAUGGUCACAGUGCUCACGGCCAACCUUCGUGGUUCUCACCCAACUGCUUUCAUCCCUCUUCGGAGGCACGUUGGUGUCUGCACGCUGCGGGUGCUGCAGCCCUUCCUCCUCCUCUUCCUCCUCCCCAGGGUGGGCUGACAACUGCAGAAUCAGAAACCCAGUGGUGGCCGCACAUCUGCUGCCCUCGUGCAUCUUGGGGUGCCCCGUUCUUCCUCAGCCCAAAUCCCCCCCAGCCCCGCUGCGAUAGAGCUGUCAUCCCACACCUGAUGGUGUUAUUUUUAUUUUUUUUCAAGGGGGGAAAGCCCUGAGCACUCACAGCACCUGCUGUUGGGUGCACAGUCUGUGGAUGUUUGGCAUUCCCCAGCGCCACGCUUCCGAGCUGGGGGCGAGCAGAGCAGUUCCAUCUUCCCCAUGGCAGCUGCACACUGUCCUGGUGGUGUUCUGUACACGUGGCAGUAGGGCAUUGCCAUGGGGGGAGCAUCCACAGAUAGAGCCCCCCAUGCUGUGCUCAGCGCAGUGAAGAAGUGGGAUAUGUGCGACCUUUGGGCAUCACCUGUUCAAGGGACAUGGAGCUCAGUGGGGUUCUAUGGAGCUGUUUUGCUGCACUGAGUGCUGAGCUGUGAGCAUUGUGGUGUGGGGCAGAGCCCCGCUUCCCCAUUCGGAUGCCAUUGGAUGCUGUCGGCACACUUUCCUGAGAGACAGUGCAUACAGACCUAUGUAACUUUAUCCUGUGUUCAUUAUGAGCCAUAAUUGAAAAACAAUCUUGGGGUUUUCCUUCCAUCCCCUAAGGGAUGGAGAUCCCGGCUGAGAGCUGGGAAAAGCUGUGCUGUGCCAUGCUGUGCCCCAGUCCAACCCCUUGAACCCUCUAUGGGGGUGUCACUCUAUAGGCAGAGUGCUUAAUGCACAGCACCCAGAGGCGCCCAGCAUGGGCUCUGUUGGAGUGGGAAGUUGAGAGGAGGAGAGAUUUGUUGUGGGCCGAGGGGCGGAAGGAAGCUGAGGCUUAGCGAGGGAAACGUGAGCUCGCCGGGCUGGGAUGGGGCUCUGCCACCACUCUGCUAUUGUGGGGGUAAAAAUAGCAGCAGGGUGGAUCGCAGUGUGCAGGGACGCUCCUGGAGCUGGGCAGGUGAGCAGCACCCACUGGGAGAGCAGGACAGUGUCCUCCUGCACCAAAAGCACCAUUAUUUCCCCAAGAAGGCGCCCUGGCAGGCAAUCUGUUAUUGCUAUUACAGCUUGCUGUCCCUCUGACCACACAUAGAGCCGCUCUGGGGCUCUGGUGGCGGCACAAAGGCCACCAGGAGGAGGUGGUUCGGUCUCCAUCUCCCAUUCCUACGGGCCGCAUAGCAAACAUGAAGGCAGUGCGUUGGGCACGAUGCUCGCCGUGCCCCCGGCGCGGUCCCCAUCCUGUUUUUAGCCUCUUUGGCAGCGCCCUGGAGCCGUGCGCUCUGCUCACUGUGCCAGCAGCGGCACCGAGGACCGCGCGGUGUCACAUUGCCGCAGCGCCCGCUCGUGACCCAGGGAUCUCCCGGUGUGGACACGUGGGGACAGCUGAGGUCAGCCUCUGUGCUGGGGGUGAGCAGGUGCCCGGCUUUCCUUUGAGUGGCAUCGAUGUUGCUGGAAGCUGAGCAGCGGGACCUCCUCCUUGCACGCACCCUGACCCCAGCGCUCCCUGCAGGACGGCUGCGGGUCCCUGCCGUGCUGAACCCUAUGAAGGUUGGGUGCCAUUCUGCCUGACUUUCCUCCCCUGGCCACACUGUGGGGCGGAAAGGAAACAUCUCUUUAUUAGGGUUGUUUCCUUAAAUAAAGCCCUUGGAGCAAGUGCUGGCCUGGCUGCUCCGCUGUCCCAUGGCGGGCACUGCGUUAUUAACACCUCAUUAGUUGUUAGUUCCUCCCUACUCCUCUGGUUCAGCAAAUCCCAGUGGCUUUAUCCUGACUCCCACCUCACCGGAGACCUGUUUGUUUUUUUUUUCUGUGGUCCUUUGCACUUCUGCUGAUGGCUGAAAUUUCAUUUCUUCUUCUGGAGGUCAAGAGCUGACUUCUCUCUGCUCCUUCCCCUGCUGUGUGCCGACUCGCACCGCGCUGCACAGGGCGCAUCCCUGCGGCUUAUCAGCAGUGCUUGGCAUGGCCUGGCUGCCAGCAGCUGGCUCACACUGCAACCUGGGCUUCCACUUGGCCGCUCCCCAGGAAUCUCUUUUAUUUAUUUAUUUAUUCAUUCAUUCAUUCCCCUUCUAAAAUCUUGACUUGCUUCCCCCCAAGUGACAGCAGCAGCAGGACGCAGCUCUGCCCCAAUGGCAUUUGAGGUGCAGGCGGGUUAGAAGCAAUGACUGCCCACGUCUUUGGCUGGGCCACCUGUGGUCCCUGUUGUCACUCUAUGACCACCAGGGCUCAGGUUGGAUAUUAGGGACAAUUUCUUCUCCCAAAGAGCAGUGAUGCAGUAGCUACUCAGGGAGGUGGGGGAAUCCCCAUCCCUGGAGGUGUUCGUGAGCUGUGGAGAUGUGGCACUGAGGGCUGCAGUCAGUGGGCAUAGUGGAGAGGGUUGGGUUGGACUUGAUGUCCUUAGUGGUCUUUUCCAACCUCAGUGAUGAUUCCCAUAUUCCUGUGUUCUGUCUAUGACCCCUGGCAGACAUCCCUUGCCGAGGGCUCUGCCUCCUUCCAAGGGAGCAUGCUACAGCACAUGAGCAGUGGGGCUAGGGGUGAAUUGGCCCCCAGUCUCCCAAAAGCCCCUGUGGAUUUGCUGCUUGCUUUGCCUCCCAGCACCCUGCCCAGGGAUGCUGUCUGUGCCAUGGAAGUUAUUUUGAGAAGUGGGGCAGCGCUGUUGGCAUGGAGGGGAGCGGAGGCACCGAGAUGAAAGGUAAAUCUGCAGAGAUAAUUGGGAGCUGCUUCCUGCAGGAAUCAGGUACAGGAGUGCCUGCCAGGGGGGGAUGUCUCUGCAGUGUUAGAGGGUGCCCCAAGCCCCCUGCUGCUCCCAUGGAGGGGUCCUGGACCCACUGUGGCAGGGGGUGAUGGGGAGCUGUGCACCCCACUGCCUCCUCCAGGCCUGCAAGUCAUCGCUCCUCCAGGCUUCAUUUUUAUAAAUCGCCCUUUGAAAUUCUGUCAUCCCUGUGCAGAUGAAAGCAAGAUGUUGUGAUGCCUCUGUGUGCAUGUCUCCAUUGCAGCUGGGUGGCCCAGCUUUCUGUUUGGGGUUUAUCAUUUUUUGAAGUGCUUUGAGAUUUGUGGUUUUUUUUUUUUUUUUCCCUCUCUAAUCUCUCUGGUUGUCACACCUUGGCAACCCCUCGGGUCUGGGCAGUCAGUCUCUCUCCUGCUCCAUCCCUCCUGGGAUCAAAGGGGAGAAACACAGCCCCCAGGGCAAAGCUGUCUUCCUGGUGAUGCUGGCAAUGCCCACUUGGAUUGGCAGCAGGAGACCCUCUUUGUCUCCUCAAAAUCCCUAUUGGGCUGCUGUGUGCUCAGGGAGCUGCAGCAAUGCACUGUAGUGCUGGAGGGCAGUAGCUGAGCCUUUAAAUUCUGUGCCAGUGAUGGAUGGAUGUGUGAGAAUUGCAUUUGCUGGCCUGGUAACAAACAGCUUUGCGUUUUACGCUGCUUUCCUGCUGUCUCUUGGGGAAAUUCAGACACAUCCUAAACUGCAAGGCCGGGGAUUUCCCUGCUGGGUGAGUGGGGCAGAGGAGCACACAGGGAACUGCGAGGCAGUGGAAAAGCCAGGCUUCCCUCUCCCAGCUCCUGUCGACAGUUUGGGCAGAGGUUGGUGAUGUUGGGUGCUUCUCCCAUGGCAAUGUGGGUCUGGUCUUCACCUCUGUUCAGCUCCUGCUGGCUCCAGCUCUGCUUUCUUGGUUGAUUUUUCCCUUUAACCCAUGGGCUUGUUGAUCCCCAGAGCUUUCUGUUGAGUGCGGGGUCUAACGGUGGUGUUGGGCCUGGAGGUCCCCGGGCUGCUCUGGUCACAGACUCCUCGGUGGUUUUAUGAGAAAUCAAUGCCGCUUUUGAAUGGGUCAUAAUCAUAAAAUAAGUACGAUUUAUGGCUGCUGCCAGGGACACGUUUGGUUCCAGCGCGGCAGAGGGAGAGGAAAGAGCACAAAACCACUUUCCCACAGCGUUUCCCACUCCGUGCGGGGGCUGCAGACCCGCGCCAGCUGCGGGGGGACGCUGCGCCGUGCUGACGCUGUGCCCUUGCCCACAGCCCGCCGCCAGGUGGAAUGGGGCAGCCAUGAACGGCGAUGCCCUGUGCCAGGAGCCCUCCUCCCCGCUCCCCGACUGGCGUGAGUUCUGCGAGCUGCACGCCCAGGCGGCCGCCGUCGACUUCGCCCAGAAGUUCUGCCAGUUCCUGAAGGAGAACCCGCACUACGACACGCCGGGCGCCGAGGCUUCCUUCUCCCAUCACUUCGCCGCCAACUUCUUGGAUAUCUUCAGCGUGGAGGUCAGCCGGGUGUUCGUCUCCGACUCGCCCACCAAGUACAACAUCGUGCCCUUCGUGGGGCUGCAGAACUGCCACGUGCCCUACGGGCGUGAGGUGGCCCAGCGGAAGGAGGAGACGUCCACCGAGUCCUUGGACAGCAUGGAGGCCCCGCUGGGUGCCGGCCGCUAUCUCAGCCCGGCGCAGCAGGCGCAGGCCCGCAAAGUGUCCUCCUACGGCCAGUCCCGCAGCUCAGAGGACGUCUCCGUGCACGCCUCCGCCAAGCCCAAGUUCAAGAAGGGCUUCUCCUUGAGGAACAUGAGCUUGUGCGUGGUGGACGGCAUGAAGGAGAUGUGGCACCGAAGGUCUUCUCCCGAGCCGGGCGCCGAGGCGGCUCCAGGCCACAGGAGGACCGAGAGGGAGCCAUGGGGCAAGGAGCCUGCUGACCCCCGGGAGAAGUGGACCCACAAGCUGCGUCUGUCCAAGGCACAGUCCUCCAAGGUGGAGCUGGUGGACAUCCAGAGGGAGGGCACGCUGCGCUACAUGGUGGCCGAUGACACGAACUGUGUGGGGAGCUCACAGUGGCAGAAGUGCCGCCUCCUGCUGCGCAAGGCCGUGAAGGUGGAAGGGGAGAGGUUCCUGCUCGAGUUCUACGUCCCUCCCAAGGCUUCCAAGCCCAAGGUGAGCAUCCCGCUGUCAGCCAUCAUCGAGGUGCGGACCACCAUGCCUUUGGAGAUGCCUGACAAGGACAACACCUUUGUGCUGAAGGUGGAGAACGGUGCCGAGUACAUCCUGGAGACCAUUGACUCCCUGCAGAAACACUCAUGGGUGGCAGAUAUCCAGGACUGCAUUGACCCUGGGGACAGCGGGGAUGACAUCGAGUUGGCAUCCUGUGCUCAGGGAGCCUGCCUGCCGGGCCGGGCAUCCUCCUGCAGCUGCGAGUUCCUGGCUGACGAUGUGCACAGGCUGCCAGAUAGAUGUGCCCUGCCCGGUGCUCACAAUGCCACCACCACUGCUAUGCCCACACCCCACGGCCGGGGCAGGGACUCCAUGGGGGAGCUGCUGGCCCACGUCCCGCUGGAGAGCUUCUUGCAGACACUGGAGUCUGCACCCACAGCCAGCACACACCUUGCAGGAGAGGACAGCGAAGUGGACACAGAGAUCAACCUCUCUGACUUCCCCUGGUUCCAUGGGACGCUGUCACGGAUCAAGGCGGCUCAGCUGGUGCUGUUCGGCGGUGCCCGGAGCCACGGCCUGUUCGUCAUCCGGCAGAGUGAGACACGGCCAGGGGAGUACGUGCUGACCUUCAACUUCCAGGGGAAAGCCAAGCACCUCCGCCUGUCGCUGAACGAGAGCGGGCAGUGCCACGUGCAGCACCUCUGGUUCCAGAGCAUCUUCGACAUGCUGCGACACUUCCACACACACCCCAUCCCGCUGGAGUCAGGCGGCGCUGCAGACAUCACGCUUCGGAGCUACGUGGUGGCCCAGAGCCUGCAGCCCGAUGCUGGCCCUCCGCCAGCCCUCGUGCCACAGCCGCCGCUCUGCCGCACCGACCCACCACCCCCACACUACUUCUGCAACACAGCGCCCGCCGUCCCGCCAGUCCCACCACCCACUGAGGGGGUGGCUGUGCCCCCCGCCGUCCCCACGCCCUACCACCGCCUGGAGGGAGCCCUGGGCCCCCGCAGCCGAAGUGACAGCGCAGAGCGCCGGCCGGAGCCUGCUGCCACCGGCACUGAGGACUACCACGAUGCUGACGGUGCCCGCAGUCGGACCCGGGCAGUGGAGAACCAAUACUCCUUCUAUUGAGCUCCUUAGGGGUGGGAUGAUGGGGGGGGACACGGGGCAACCGUGCCCAUUGCUGCUGCACCAGCCUCACUGCCACCACCAGCACCGGGGCUAGGAUCUCCUCUUUGCUCCUGUGUGAUGGCCCAGCUGGACCUGGCAGCACUGAGUGGGUGAGAGGUUGGAAGCAUCAGUGCUGUUCUGAAGCUUGUGGCACCUUCCCUUUCCCUCCUGACCAAGUGUUCUCCCAGCACUGAGGUUUGGGCAUUUUGGGGUGGGGAUGGAAGUGUCCCUGCAGAGCUGUCCUACUAGGCACAGGUCUGUGUGCCUGGAGGCACUGUGCCCUAUGCCCAGCCCAGCUCCAUCCUUGUGCAUCUCUGGGGCACAAGUUUCCCAUGCUCUGCCAGGAGAAGGCUUUUUGUCCAAAGCUUGAUGCAUCUCAUCGGAGGAAGGUCUUUCCCUGCUUUCCUGCCCUUUCUCUUCCUUUGUCCUUUUUCUCCUUGUAGAGACUCCCUGAACACCCCCUUUCCUCCUCUCCUUUUCUUCUGAAACCUUGGAUGCCUACAAGGGUAUGAGCAAUCUUCUGCCUCCUUUCCACAGCACUCAUUGCCAUCGCUGAAGGCAAACCUUGAAAAACACAACACCAGCCCCACUCGCAUCUGCCCUUAGUUGGGGUAUCCCCAGGGGGUCACACAGAGUCCAGGUGCAGGGCUGGAGGCAGAAUUGCCACCGCAGCACUCCCCAGGAGUGCAAACACUACAGACCUUCAGUAGAUGCUAUUGAAGAUUUUUAUUUUACUUUUUUUUCUUAUAGAAAUUGAAAAACCCAGAGAGAAUGAAAGGAGUGUGGCUCCAGGUGUAAACUGUGUGGCUGUGCUGGUAGAACACAGGGACUGGGUUGGGCUGACAGCAUUGGGAUUUCCCUUGCUCAAGUGCCACUCUGCCCUCGCCAGUGCCACGUGGCAGCACCACUGCCUGCAGGGACCAUGUGCUGUCUCUGCCUGUUAGCAGCAUGGUGGCUUUUGAGCAGACCCCUGCAGCAGAUCUCCAGCAUGAAAAGGAGCUCCCUCCUGCACUGCAGAGACCUAAGAGAGAGAGCACAGAUGCUGGGGCCAGGCUGCUUGCUGGGAUUGUGUGCUUCAUAUAGGGUAAGAGUCAAGCCACAGCCAGGCUCAAACCCCAGUGAAUUGCCUGAAGAGUUACUCUGGCGUCUGGUUUUGGUUUGGAUCAGAUUUUUUUUGUUAGGUGCCUUCUUUACUGAGCUAGCAAAUUGUGUCCCAGCUCUGGAGUCGCUUCUCGUCCUUCCCACGGGCAGGGAUGAUCUUCUACAUCAAGAAGACAGUCUACAAGCCUGUCUUUGAGGCUUGUAGCUUCCUCCAGAGCUGAGAGCUGCCUUCUGGGCUGCUGAGGGCUGGAAGCUCCCACUGUUGCAAACACACAGCCCUCAAACCCUGCCCUGCCAGUAGCCACCUCCCUAUGCGAAGGCUGGGGCAGUGGGAGUGGGCAUUUCUCCUUGCUCACGUAGGGAGAAGCUGGAUGCUCUAUGUCGCUGGAUUUAACAGAAACUCCCUUCACAUACACAGUGAUUGAGUGGGGACCUCCAGAUGUGGCACAGAUGUCACUGCUCUUGUUCUCCCCACAGUCCCCAGGUGGCGGUGGAUGGGAGCACUGCCUUAGAGAACUUCACAUGUUAGCUGAUUUGUCAUCAUCUGCGUCACGGGAUAGGAGAGGGGUGGGGGGAGCAGCAAUCUGCAAACAAACAUGUUCAUUUGUAAAUAGGGAAGAGUCUGGAAGAGUUUACUGUUCUGUAGAAUAAAUUAAUUUUAUUUAAAAAAAGGAAAAAAGGGGACUUGUUAAAGAAGUGGAGAACUCAAGUUCCAGUUUUAAAAUAAAACCACUUGCAAAAAGGACAGCACAAGAACAUGAGCAUGGAGCUUUGCUGUGUAGAAAGAGAGAGGAUGCUGACAUGUCGCAUGCAUACAGACCUUGCUGCUGGCCUGAGGCAGCUGUGGCAAGGUACAGGCUGCCCAGCAGAGUGGGUCUGGUACACUGAGGAGGGAGGAGGGGGCAUUUUUUAUCGUGGUUGAGCAGAGGGAGGUGGAGGACACAACCAGCCUUUGCAGGGCUGGGUUUCCUCUCCUCUCAGUCUGUCAUUUUCAUUGUCUCGUGUGUCGCCGGUGUAAGUUGAAACGCCUUCAACCCUGGAGCGGAGCAGAUAAAAGUGAAUUAACAGCCCUGGGGAACAUCUCCUAGCAGCAGUGUUCCCCAUACAUGUUUUCCAACCCCCAUCCCCAAGGGAGGCAGGCAGUGCCUCAUGCUUUGCUGCCGUACAUCUUCCUAGCGUGCUCUUUUCUGCUGAAGAUCCCCAGGGAAAACCGGUAUGUGGUUCCAGACUGCGCUGUCACAGCUCGGCAGCAUGGCAGACACAGCUUCCAGACGCAGCUCACACAUGGCUUUUGGGGGUGGAGAGAGCUGCUCAGCUCUGUAAUCAGGCCACAGUUGCAUCACGACCCAUUCACAAAAACAUUCCCUCCCCAAAAAUCUAUGUAGCCUGUUAACCAGCCCUGGAUGCCCAUCCAUCAGGGCCUGGCCAGCUGGGGAGCUGACAGCCCUUCAUUGCUGCGAGGGCUGUGUCUGCAGGACAGCUGCUCCUCCUGCCUCCCCAUAAGCCAUUCACACCUCAGCGUAUUAGCAAAUUGCCUAAUUAUGGCAUUAGUUCUGCUGGAAAACGUGUCCUUUUGCUGGGUUGCUCUCUGCAUUGCACAUGGAGAUGUAGCAGCAAAACGGGAGAGUGGGCUCAGUGUGGGCUGGACAGGUUGGUGCUGCUCUGCAGUGUGCUGCAUGCUGGCCGAUGCUGUGAAUAAGGAGGAAGAUGCAGGGCUUACAGCCGUGCAGCCCCCUGCAUUUCUCGGGUGUUUCAGCUGUCCGCAGCGGCUCCUGCCUGAUUGAUGUGCAGGGCUUUUCUGUGCACAGCUCCCUGUGCUUCCAGAAGGAUUCCUUUUGUUAAGAGAACACCUCAGAACACAUUGGCUUUGAAACACAAAGGAGCUUCACUGAUACACAUCAGGAAGUGCUGUUGUUUGCUUUGCACUGAACUGCUCUAAUGCAAAUCCCGUGUCCCCAGCAAGCCCAGUUCUGCCCAGAUCACAGCUCAAGGGUUUUUUUAUUUUACAGUGAUGCAAUGAUAUCCAUCCUAUUUUGGUCUGACACAAGUGACAAUCUCGUCUUUCCUCCCCAGACGCAUCUCAAAAGUAACAUGUGUACAUCGAGGGUCCACACCUAGGUGUGUCAUUUUGGAGGGUGCUACUUGCAGGUCUGUCUCCCUGUGCUGUUUGCGUGGGCUCUGUCUGAUGACAGGCAGCUUUCUGUCGUUUCCCAGAGCUGCAAGUUGUUGUCAGCACGCUUUGGGCAAGAGAAUCGAGCUGUCCAGCUGCUCCCUGCAGCCCUCCAGCCAUAGUGGUGUCUGGCCAUCACUGAUUUGCUGUUCUCUGGCAGCAACUGGCACAGCCACACAGAGACCUCACAGCACUGCUCACAUCCCCGCUUUCGGAAGCUGUGUUUUGGACCCCGAGCUGGGAGAGAUGUGGAGACAGGAGCUCACAAGCUGGGAGACAGCAUGGAGGAAGAUGUUUGCAUGGCAGCAGCCAGGGCUGUGGCUCCAAGGAUGCCUUCCAGGGCCAGCGCAGACAGCUGGGAACACAGCCAGCUCUGAAUUCAAGCCAUUCUUUUAUAAAUCAGGUUGGUAAGACAAACACGAGGCAUAAACUAGUGCCAUUUCCAUAGCAACCUCAGCAGAGGUAAAAAGUCUUUUGUAAACAAAGAGAGGACUAAACCUGUGGAUCCGCUCUGAUUUUCUUCACGGACGAGAGAAGAGCAUGUGGGCUUAAUAAAUUCAGGUCAAUACAAAUGACCCAUAAAUCUCAGAUGGAACCAUUCCCAACCUCUGCGUUCCCUUUUCUCUCCCCUCUCCUCAUGCACAGCACGGAGCUGUUUCAACCCAGUGCCCAGCUCCGUGCCCCAGCUUAUCUCCAUAAAGACACAAAGCCUGAUGCCCCUCUUCCAUCACCGCUGACCUUUAGUAGCUAAUUCUCUGACGCACACGCAGUCCAAGCACAUGCCAUGCCAUUUCUGUAUGGUCACAGCAGCUCGAUGAAAAAUUUGGCUUGUAGAGAGAGCUGUAUCACAGCCAGCUCUGGCUUCCAUUCCUCCAGGCAAGCAUAGCUCGGAGUAUGCAAGCCCUCAGCUGGUCCACACACUGACUGGGCAAAGCCCCUGUGUUAAUUAAGCACAGAUGAGGCAGCGACCCUCCCCCUCACCCGUGAGUCCAUGCCAUGGGGAAUUGUGCUGCAGCUCCUCGCUGCCAGCGGGCACGGCCUGCUAAUUGCCAAAGUGACACGAGCAGAUGGUGCCGCAGCCCUGCCGGGAGGCACCAGGAAACACCGGAUCGCUUACACCAUCACGGGGCAGGGAUUUGGCUGGGGCCAGGGCGUCCGUGCAAAAUGCUGAGAAUUCCCUCCUCACAGAGCCCAGAGCGUGACGGAUUUUGGAGCGGCCUUGCUCACAGAUCCCACAAGGGUGUGGGGUCACUGGGAGCAGCGCUGGGGGCAGUGGGGUGAUAGGAGAUCUGCCGAGCUCUGCUGUGGGGCUGGAGAAAGCAGCAGCAGCAGCUCGGAGCAGCCCUCAGCUUCCAGCAAGGCCACAACGCACCGCCUGCUCCUUCCUCACAGCCCUCGCCAUGCCUGAGGGGGCAUCGCUUUGUGCAGUGUGCAUUUACUAAUGACACAUCCUAGGCCUCCCCAGCAGCAAAUACCUGAGCCCCGAGGAGGAUGAGGCACAGCCCACGCAGCCCACACUGCUUCCUGCACCUCCUCUGAGGCGCUCCGAGCAGUUUGUGGCGGACAGACAGGCAGAAUGGCAAGGCCAAGACCUGCCGCCAUUACAGGCCGCUCGCAUCGUGGCGGCCACGC